UACGAGGUAAUCGGGUUGGAUCUUGGGAUCUGCCCCAAGGCAUUCAAUGCUCUUGCCGUUGACCCGACUCACUUGACCAGGUGGAUGAUUGGAGAACACAGGCUCAACAAGGUCUAAGCCUUGAAAUCAUCAUCUUCUUUCUGUCUUGUACAGUGUUGAAUGGAAUUUGUGUUGACUUAUCAUUUUGUAUGUAUUUUUUUUUUUCAAAGAAGUGAAAUAAAAAUAGUAUUGGAUAACUGAUUAGUUUAGUGGUGGUGAAAGGUGUCCUACUUUGAACCAUGUUUUCUUUAUCCACAUUACCUACCUUUAAAAGCAGCAGCAGCAGCGAGUAAUUGGACAUCACAUCAUGGCUUCUCACAUCCCUUCUCUCUCUUCCAAUCCCAUUAUUAUUAUUCUGAAUCGAAGAGGAAAUAUCACAACUCAGGCUUCAAAAACCACUGGUUUUUCACUUAACUCGAUUUUCAAGAAAUGUGAAACCUGUGGAGGCCAAGGUGCCAUCGACUGUGCUGGAUGCAAGGGAACGGGAAAAAACAAGAAGAAUGGGAAUAUAUUCGAGCGUUGGAAAUGUUACGAUUGCCAAGGAUUUGGGUUAAAGAGCUGCCCAAGCUGCGGGAAGGGAGGCUUGACACCCGAACAAAGAGGCGAACGUUGAUCGCUCAUACAUAAAACUUUCUUGUUUAUAUAAUAUGUCGCACCUGAUAUGAAUAAAAUUUACGUCUUUGUUUUAGAAACAUCAAUUCAGUGAUGCAAUUUACCUAACAUCCUGACACAUUUCUUAUAUAACAAUAAUUUAAUC